ACUUUGAUAUACACAUUAUUUAAUUUUAUAUUUUAAAAAAGAAUAUUUAACACAAAUUGAGCACAAUGUCAAUUCCCGCCGCAAACGUCUCAUCUGACAGACGGCAUUUCUUCAUGUCCAGCGCACAGCUCGAGGCGCUAGAGAGAAGGGAGGAGCUCGAAAAAGACCCGCUUUGGCUGAAGAUCGGCUCGCCGCUGCGUGCCGGCGGCCGCCUCCUGAACUUCGAGCUAUACGAUGACAGCAGCGCAGUGCUUGCCCUAGGGAGCCACCAGGCCAAAGUGGCAGAUCUCAAAGCAAAAGAGUGCAAGCGAGGGCUGGUCAAGCACAGUGGACCCGUCACAUCGGUCGCAGUAAUGAACAAGUCGUAUGUGGUCGGUGGCUCGCGCAUCGCUCUUUCGGCAUCGUGGGAUAAGCUUGUUAAGGUAUGGUCGGUCGACAACCCGCAGUGCAUUCUGGCAGUGCUUACUGGGCAUGCGGACUUUGUCAAGUGCCUUGUCGCGCAUCCGACGCUGCCACUGGUGUACUCGGGAUCAGCAGACAAGUCGAUUAUUAUCUGGAAGUUGCCGGCCAACGCAAGCGACCUGGAUCUGGGGGUUCAGGGGAACCCCGUGGAGAUCUCGCCGUUCAAAAUUAUCAAGGGCCAGCACACUGGCCAGAUCUACACGCUGUGCCUGAACCCGGCUGCGGACAUACUGUACUCGGCCGGGUCGGACGCGUCUGUCCGAGCAUGGGAUGCUAUGAGCGGGGCUGCACUAAGCAUGGUUACUGGCGAUGAGACCGAGGACUGGCAGAUUCCUCGGGGUCAGCACAAGACCAACAUCUUUGACCUGAAAGCAACUGACAACGGGUUAUGGACUGCAUCGGCAGAUAACACGGCGAUCGGCUGGGAUAUCGACACGUGCAAGGCUGACUUGGUGCUGGAGCACAAGACAACCGUCACCGCUGUGCUUCCCAUCCCGCAGGUUGGCGUCGUCGUGACGGGCACGCGCGGCGGCAUUAUCUACGUGUGGAGCACAGAUAGCGGGGCGCCGGAGAUUAUUCGCGAGAUUCAUGCCCACACCGACGAUGUGUCUUGCCUAAAGGUCGCUGGCCGUGUGUUUUACUCGUCGGGGCUAGACGAGACGCUACGCGUGUGGGAUAUCAAGGACGUUGUUGCAUUCAAGGGGAGCCUUGAGUACGUGCCGGCAGAAUUGGCUGAGCUCAAGGCACAAGGCCAACAGAAGCGGACGCAAAACACCAGCAUCAUCAGCGUCCCGGCCGAAGCUGCCUUUGCUAGUGGCGGGAAGCAGUCGGUGCUAACUGAAGAGGAGGAGCGCGAGUUGGCAGAGCUCAUGUCCGAUCUGGACGAUUUGUAGUGUGAAACACCAUUGUUCCGAAUCUCAAUAAAAAAUUAGUUCUGAAUUAUACU